UAUGAACUAACUGUAAUUUCCCUCCAUACUGAAAUGCAAUAUUAUCAUGUUUUGUGCUUAGUUAGAUCUCUGUAUUUGGUAUGUUUUUCUCUUUCUGCAGUGUUGGUACAGUACAAAUACCUUUCUGGGGAGGGAAAGGGGGUCUCUCUACAAGCCCCUGCUGAGACCAACGGGACAGAAUUCAUCUGGGAGUGGACGUCACAUGAUGGAAGCUACACAAACACUCGGAUAAUAACUAUACCUUCCGAUGGGAAGGUUAAAUUGAAUUUGUCUAUUACAAGACAAGGGAAGUACGACAUUUAUCUGCAACCAAAGUUACAAAAUGCAGGAGUUUUUACUUUCAUUCAAACUAAACCAGAGAAAGUAAAAGUGGCCCAGUUUGAAGUGUUCGCUGCAGAAGUGAAACCAUCUCGCUGGUCCAGUGUAAAAGAAGGUUCUGAUGUGACCAUGAGCUGUGAAGUAUCACACCUUCCAGAUUCAGCUACACUGGACUGGGAAAGGGACAGAGAACCUACUGCUAACACAACGCUGAUCUACAACAACACUGCCCACAUCAUCAUCCACAGUGCUGACCGAUACAGUGAGGGAACGUAUAACUGCACACUCAGAUGGAAUGGAGCACUUAUUUUCAGCAUUCCCAGGACACUUAACGUCUCCAAGGGUAUACGUGGAGCACACGCUCUGUACAGAGGGAGUUUGAACAGCAGUAAGGUGUUGCUACUCUGCCAUUCUCUGAUCUCAUACAAAAAAGCUGAUUGGCAAUGGGAGCCAUUGUCUGGAGCAAAUACAAUCAUUGUGGCCUCAGCUGAUAUAUAUAAGAAUGCUUUGAUUUCCAUGGAGAUAGAUAAAGAGAGAUUCUCAUUGGAGCGCUAUGAUGGAUUUAAUUUCCCUCUGAGAAUCUCACCAGUGAAGUUUGGAGACAGUGGAAUGUACUUCUGUCAUUGUGGACCCUACGUGACAGCCACAGUAACGCUGGUAACUGUUCAGGUCUCAGCAGUGCCCCCUGGUGGUCCGACCAGGAAUCUGUCAGUUGUGCUGAACUGUGAGAUAUCACAGGUGAUCGGCUCUGUGACCCUGGCCUGGCUCCGGAUGAAGGGGGGCAGGGGGGAGCUCGUAAAGCAGGAGGUCCUGAGUGAGAGGCACCCAAAAAAGAUGCUCAGUCUCACCCUGCCCAUUCUGAAUAGAGACCAGCUGCACUGGGCCUGUGCGGUGUUCACAGAGAGCAUGCUCAGAGCACAGGUCCCUCUGCACCUCACACUGCUGACACCCAUCACUGAACCUGAAAAGCCAAAGCCAGAUAAUGGGAGGAUGCUGGUGAUCGGUGUGGCCUGUACUGCUGCUGUGUGUGUUGGAGUGCUGUUGCUGUUAGGAGGUCUGUUGUUUUGGCGUCUGAAAACAGCAGUGGGUCCCUCCACAUCACCAGCUGAAGGGAAUGGUGCAGCUGAUGCAGUCUACAGUGACAUCACAGAUCUGCAGCGGGGUCAAGACCCUCACAGACAACAACGGAGGCAGUUGAACCCCCAGUCUCAUUCUGAACAAGAAGAAAAUGAAAACUACUCAAUGAUUCAAAUGGAUAAAUGAAACAAAGCCCACAUUUAAAGUUGACAUUUCAAGUCUGUUCAGUGCAGCUCAAUUAGAGAUGGCAAAAGAAAAUAUGCAGAUCUUACCAAGAUCUCUUACUGUGUGAAUAUGCCACUGUUGCAUUCUGUUUUGCGAAAGUAAGCUUUUACUAGAAUCUGAUAAUAUUUAGAUUUUGACUGUGAACAACACAGUUGUAACGUGGAAAAUAUAAAUGUUAACAAGUUUUUUUAAAUACCUUUUUUGCAGUUUUUUUUCUUUGUUUAAAAAAAUGUGUACUCCGGUUUGUUGACUAUUUAAUGUAUGAACAGCAGGGAGUGAUAUUGUUCAAGAAAUAAGCAACAUAUUUAUGUACAGGCUAGUAGUGUCUGGAUAUGGUGGUGUGCUCUUCAGUGUGCUUUUAUCUGUUGUUAAGAAGAAUACUUUUUAUUUUUAAUAAUAAAGCAGCUGUGAAAGGAA